ACACUGCAGUCAAGUCACACGGACUAAAUUUUCUUCAGAGGCAAGAGAAAAGAAAAAUAGCCAAAAAAAAAACGGCUCAACAGAAACUCCUUCACCUGCAGUUUUAAGAACAGAGACUAACUUUUCUCUCUCUCUCUCUCUCACACUCUCUUUCUCUCUCUCUCUCUCCCUCUCUUUCUCGGCGUGUGUAAACAACGUUGCUCCAGCAGCAGUGAUCUGGAGGAGCUAUUUCUUCUGCGGUGUGUGUUUUGUUUUUGAUUCUCCGCGACUCCACUCCCGUGCCUGGCCACUCUCUGGAGAACAUGAGCGUGUGAGGAGACCAGACACACACACACACACACACACACACGCACGCACGCACGACCGGACGCGGCGUACCUGCAGAAGCCAAACGCAGCCAUCGACCCACCUGAGAGCCUCGUCGCCCUCUUAACACCUCACCCGCAGACUCACACACACACACACCCACACACACACACUCACACACACGCACAGAGGCACAGAGGCACGCAGAGGCAGACAGACAGCCAGGCAAGGGCCUGCGGACGAAGUAAGGCAUCAGAUUAGCUGUGAUUUCCCCCGUUGAAGCCAGCGGAUUUACAGGCCAGACCUUCACACCCCUCACACACAUCAAGAGAAGCGCCGCUGACAGCCAUCUCCCCAAAGUGACUCGGUGAGCAGUGGACCCGCGGAGUCCCGUGACGAUGCUGCUGGUCCCCGUCUGUGUGCUGUUGGUGCUGGGGGGUCGAGCUCUGGGCGGCGGCUACCCCCCUCCCCAGAUGCCCCAGAUGAAGUACAUGCAGCCCAUGAUGAAAGGACCUGUGGGGCCCCCCUUCCGGGAGGGCAAGGGCCAGUACCUGGAGUUUCCACCAAUGAUGGAGGUGAAAGGGGAGCCGGGCCCUCAAGGGAAGCCUGGUCCAAGGGGACCAACAGGGCCUGCAGGACUACCAGGGAAACCAGGGCUGGGUAAACCGGGUCUGAAUGGUCAAACUGGCCCCCCGGGGCCUCCAGGAUUCCCUGGCAUCGGGAAGCCAGGGAUGCCAGGGUUGCCGGGCAAGAUGGGCCCUAAGGGGAUGCCUGGGAACAAUGGCGAGCUAGGCCCACGUGGAGAGCCCGGUCUGAGGGGACUGCCGGGUCAGCCCGGCCUCCCAGGGCCAGCAGGCCUGUCCCUAAAUGGGAAACCUGGACCCCCUGGAGGAAGAGGGAUCCCAGGAUCCAGAGGGGAGCCAGGCCUGAAAGGAGGCCGGGGAAUCCCAGGAGACCGCGGACUGAAGGGGGAGAAUGGUAACGGUAAGCCAGGUCCAACUGGUCCAAGGGGUCCUCCAGGCCUCCAAGGACUUCCUGGAGCCCCUGGAGCCCCUGGCCACGGAAAGCCAGGACUCAAUGGAUUGCCUGGUCCAAGCGGGCCAAAGGGUGAUCAAGGGCUUCCUGGUGAUGCUGGUCUGCCAGGAGAGGCUGGUCUCCCAGGGCUCAUUGGGGCUCCAGGGCCGAAUGGUUUAGGGAAGCCUGGUAUUGACGGUUUGCCAGGGAUGCCAGGACCGAGUGGGCCAAAGGGUGAGCCAGGAAUGAGAGGCACUCCAGGGUUUCCAGGGCCACCUGGGUAUGGUAAGCCUGGACACUCUGGGCCAAAGGGAGACAAGGGCCACGUUGGCUUACCAGGGCCCCCUGGUGACCAAGGGGUACCAGGGUUAGAUGGCCAACCUGGAGAGAGCGGUCCAAACGGGCUUUCAGGACCUCCAGGAGUACAGGGCCCUAUGGGUCUGCCAGGGAAGCCUGGCAUGCCUGGUUUCAAAGGAGAGCUGGGUCCCCAGGGUCCUCCUGGCCUUCCUGGGCUCCGAGGAGAUCAAGGUCCUCCUGGCUUGUCUGGAAAGUCAGGUCUCCCAGGUGAUAAAGGUCUUCCCGGUCCUAACGGGGCCAUUGGCAAACCAGGCCCCAAGGGCGAGGGAGGCCACAUCGGAUUGCCUGGAAAUCCGGGACUGACUGGUGGACCAGGGCCGAAAGGCGAGAAUGGAUUCCCUGGAAGCACAGGUCCCCGAGGCCAGUCUGGUAUUCCUGGCACCCAAGGUCCCCCUGGGCACAUGGGUCAACAAGGAAUUCCAGGACCCAAAGGAGAUCUAGGGCCACCAGGGCCAUCAGGAUUGGGAAAACUAGGUGAAAGGGGUUUGCCUGGUCCCCAAGGCCCAUCAGGAAAACCAGGAAAUUCAGGACUUAACGGCAUCCCCGGACCUCCAGGUCCACCUGGGCCACCUGGCCCUCCAGGUGUUUCAAACGGCCAGACAACAGUUGCUGGAAUGGGGAACAUUGGAGGUGGAGAGGUCCCAGAUGGAAAACCUGCAAAGCCACAGCUAGGUGGCGUUGUGCUCUCAGCAUCAAUGGCUCCAGCGUUCACUGCUAUUCUCAGCACGCCCUUUCCUCCCUCCGGCAUGCCCAUCAAGUUCGACCGAACCCUGUACAAUGGGCAGAAUGCUUACAAUCCUGCCACUGGAAUGUUCACCAGCCCCUUGGCAGGAGUUUACUACUUCGCCUAUCAUGUGCAUGUAAAGGGAACCAGCCUCUGGGUGGCGCUGUACAAGAACAAUGUGCCUGCCACGUACACCUACGACGAGUACAAGAAGGGUUACAUGGACCAGGCUUCAGGCAGCGCAGUUCUGGAGCUCAAGGAGAACGACCAGGUGUGGGUCCAGAUGCCGUCCGACCAGGCAAAUGGUCUCUACUCCACGGAGUACAUCCACUCGUCCUUCUCAGGGUUUCUGCUGUGCCCCACAUAACCUCCUCUCCCCAGUCUUCCUUUUCUAUGGCCCUAUACCCCUCACCCUACAUCCCCUCCCCCUCCCCCUAUCACCACCACCUCCUCCCUCCCUCUCUUCCGCCGCCCUUGUGGCCACGUGAGGAACACCUGGAACAGCAACAAGAACAACAACAGCGGCAGGAAAGACAGACGACAGAGAAAGACUCGUAUGAACGUAUGAAAGUGAAGAGUUGAAAAGCAGGAGAAGGAGACUUCAUGCUGUGUCUGUGGUUUGGCUCUUUCUUUCAAAUGUCCAUUUUUUUUACUUUUAAAUGUUGUCUUUAUUUUCUAUUUUCAGCCUACAUGAUAAUAAUUAUUGUAAUUGUUAUAUUAUUAUUAUUAUUAUUGUUAUUAUUAUUAUUAUUAUGUUGUUGUUAUUGGUAUUGAUGUUGUUGUUUAUUGGAAUCAGACUAUUAAGUGCCUACUUUGCAAUGUUUAAAAGCCGUUAAUAAGACUUACCCGUGUGACUGCACAUUUUGCCAAAUGUUUUCUGACUCCAAAAAGCAUUCAAAAUCUCUGAAGACUCUGGGGUUUGGUAUUUUUCCCCUAGCUGCAGUCACAGUCCAUGUAAUUCAGUGCGUUGGCCGUUAUAUGAUACAUAUUUCCUUAUUUAAAUUUGUCAGAUCACACCUUAGUGCAGAAAGGUCAUAAAUGUGCAUGACUACACAUUCCUAUACAUUCAAUAAAACAACUCCUCGUUGGAAUAAUGAUUGUUAGUUUUUAUUGCCUUUUGUCACCCUUUUCAAUCUGAUAAGUUUCUUUUUUUUUCUCUCUUCCUGAGAAGCAGUUUUGGUGCUCGUAGUUAAAUGAGAAUAUUGUUUGUCUCUUUAUUUUGUUUUUGUUCUGUUGCUUUGUUUGUUUUUUCGUUCUGUGUGUUGCAAUCCAUUCUCCAUUGAGAGAUACUUACCUUACUCUGUGACAACUGUGCGGAGAGCAUUGUGCUAUUACUGGAAGCUAAUGGCGUUGAGAAAACUGAUUAUUACUUGAUUACUGAAGGCGUCAAGGCUGCGUCCAACAUUGGCUAGCUCACAUGCAAUUUACAAAUACAAGCAGAACGAAUCCUUGAGAAUAUGUUGUUACAAAACUACAGUUCCGUUUCCAAAAAUUGAAAACUAGCACAUCUCAUCACACAAUUACAGAUCAGUCAUGUGUAUGGAUUUUAAUCAAAACAACUUAACAUCAAUGAUGGUGCUGGGGCUUUUGAUCUGGCAACUGCAAGACAGUCUUAACGUCUUUGAUACUUACAGGGGUUGGUAACUCACUUUCACCAUUUAUAUCAGUGGUUCCCAAACCUUUCAUAAUAGGCCCUCUGUUGACAAUGAGGGGAAAUAAUUUACUUUUACAACUACAAUACCAUCCUUGGUUUUGCCGAUUUAGAUUUAAAAGAAAGAACAGGAGAAAGAGUUUGCAUUUGCCUCAUUUAGUACUUGCUUAUGUUUCAGUCGGUGUGGAUGGGUUUUCCUAUAUGCCACACACAAAGAAUCCAUGUCGAUCUUAUCACUUUACGAGGUAACCACAAAUCAAAUUCACAUCCACUGGUUGAAAAAGAAAAUCAUUACAAUUAUAUUAUCAUCAUAGAGGAGAUCCAUCAUUAUUUGCACCUAUACUAGAAAUAGAAGUGAAGGUUGAGUGACGUCUACGAACCAUUAGAAUCCCUGUAAAUGCUAACACAAAGCCGACUAUGUCAUUAUAAACGCCAUGAAAUUACCUUACAGAAUGACAUUACAGAAUGACCUUAUAGGCUGUGAUGUGAAAACAGGAUGUGUCAUGUGUUUUAAGGGUCUAAAAGUCAAUCGUCCACCAUAUAGUUUAAACCAAGAAUGGAUGUGUGUCCUUUUAAACUCAAGUGAAGCGUUCAAACGUGUACUGUUUAGAGUGGCCAUGAAUGCAGAGCAUAGAGCACAGGGUGGUUAUGCAAGCAGAGCAACGUGUUGCCGUGACAUUCAAGUGGUUCAGGUGCGGUUCAACUAUAAGAAAAGGGGCAAAGAAAGUAAUCAGUGACGAAAGUAUUGGGAAAGACUUAGAUGACAUUGCAUGCUUGACGAGGAAAAACAGCCAGGGCAGACAGACAAAUAGGCUCGAAGUACUUUUAACUGUUGAUGUCACUAUAGCUGAUUAUUUAAACAAUAUCCAAGUCUCAUUCAUCAUUGGACUAAAUAAAAUAACAAAUGAAUCUUAAUGAAUGAUGUGCUGGAAAAGAAUUUGUCACAUAGCCUCCAUGAAAAUUAUAAUAACACAUUUUUGACCAAAAAUGCAGUUACUGCCUUUUUGCUUUGUAUGGCAGAAUAGUAGUUUGGCAACAUUUGGCAAAAAAAAAAAAAGAUGUAGCAGUGUUUUUCAGUUCUCCCCUCUCCCCCUGUCUGCAGUGUGUUCAGCACAAAGCACCGUUUGUAUACAUACUUCUCCCUUUUAGACACAAUUUUAUUGAAGGUGUCUUCCACAUUACUGAGGGAAGGGACACACCUGAUCAUCAAUAUUUAUAGGCAUUGGUGCACUCUUAUGCUGGCUUGCCAUCUACAGUUUUCCACUGUUAAGGAAAGGUUUGUAUAUUAUCAUGGAUUUAUUGUUUGUAUGUUUUUUUUUAUUUGUUUGAUUUUAUUGUUUUAAUUUACAGACACUUGACUAACCUUGAAUUUGAUAUUCUCCAUAACUCCAGCUUUCACCUCUUCUGAUGAGACAAUUCUUUAUCAGCAAAUAUCACGCCAUAUAUACACACAUCAGAUGGGAAUAGAAUGUUAUCAUGUAGAAUUUUGUCAUGCUGUCUUCAUAUCAUUUAGAAUAAACAAAGGCAAGAGAUUAGUCUAGCGAGUCUUGCUUUGCUUUUUAAGGGACAUUGGUUUCAGAGCAGAGACACAUGCAAGAGGCCAAUUCCAUUUGCACAUGAAGCCCAUGAUGGUGUAUUUAUACAUUUGAGAUAUCUGAAUAAGAGUGUCUAAACUGACCACCAAAGCCCUCGGUGUGUUUGGUUAUUAGCAGUAAUUAUGAAUUAUGAGGAUUGAAAUAUGUUGUUAACAUACUACCAUUAUUUGUGAAGGAUUGUCUUGGACAGAUUUUUUUUCCUUUUAUUUUUUUGUGUUUUGUUAUGUAAUACAUACUAUGUUAUAGGGUUAUUGUUUGUCUUGUACAUGGCUAUUGCAUAUCCUUCAUGCAAUAGUAUUUGGGUAUAAAAUGCACUCAUUUUUGACUGAACUGUUUUUUUUUUGUCAACUCAUACAAAAUCUACCAUACUUGAUUGUAUUGACACCACAUCAAUAAAUUCUUUCUUGUA